AUGGCCAAAAAGCUGGAGAGAGAACGCGUUAUUUCCCUCCUCAACCGGAGAAAAUUGUGCCUCGUGUUAGACUUAGACAACACUUUGCUGCAUGCGACUUCGGUGCCGCCCCCAGUGGACUGCCUCCCCACAAUUCUGUUAGAUGACUUCGCCCCCAAGCCGGAAAGGCAGCAGCAGCAGCAGCAGCAGCAGCAGCAGCAGCCGGAAGCAGCAGCGGGGACGCCUGGAGCUGCCGCUCCUGCUGCAGCAACAGCUGACGCAGCAGCGCCUGGAGAGGCUACAAAUGCAGAGGCAGAGAGAGGGCCAGACGGAGACCCACAAGGGGAACAGCCCAGCAGCAGCAGCAGCAGCAGCAGCAGCAGCAGCAGCAGCAACGGCAGCAGCUCGUCGCGCUUCAGCGCUCCGCAGCAGCAGACCUGGGAGGAGGUUUGCUUCCCCCCCUCCAGCAGCAGCAGCAGCAGCAGCAGCAGGGAGUACCCGCACUACCGCACAGAUGCUGCUGCUGCUCGCAUUGUGUCUCUUUUGGAGUCUUCUGUUAUUUGCUGCCGAGUUGCUGCUGACGAAGGAGACACUUGGGGCCCUCCUUACCACCGCAGCGUCAUCAAGUUGAGGCCCGGCAGCAUUUCUUUCUUGCGGGAGAUGUCGCGUCACUUUGAGUUGUUUCUGUACACGAUGGGCACUUCGACGCACGCAAAGACAGCGCUGCGGCUGCUGGACCCGCGGCUGCGUUUCUUCGGGGGCCGCGUCUUCACCCGCGGCGACAGCGUGGGGGGUUUGAAGAGUCUGCAGCGGAUUUUUUCUCUUGGCAGCAAACUGAGUGUUGCUGUUGAUGAUCUGCAGCAAAUUUGGAAAGAAGCAAACCAAGUUGUGCAGGUCCACGGCUACUUCUUCUUCCAGGAAGCAGCAGCAGCAGCAGCAGCAGCAGCGCUGCGCCCCGCGGCCGCUUCCCUGUGGCUCGCUGCUGCCAAGCCCUACUGCGGCUUCCUGCCCUCAGGUGCGCUGCUGCUGCUGCUGCUGCGCUGCUGCUGCGCUGCUGCGGAGGAGGUGCUGCUGCUGCUGCUGUGCUGCUGCUGUGCUGCUGCGGAGGAGGUGCUGCUGCUGUGCUGCUGCUGUGGCGCAGUGGUGAGCAGGAGAGCAGCAGCAAGCGACAGAGGAGCCAAACGGCCAGGUGCAGAGCAGCAGCAGCAGCAGCAGCAGCAGCAGCAACGCCACGCGGACGCGCAUGUGCAGCAGCAAAGGGAGCAGCAGGAAGAACGGCUUCAGCAGCAGCAGCAGCAGCAGAAAGAGCAGCAGCAGCAGACAGACAGCAAGUCAGCAGCAAACCCAGAACCCACACACGCACAGGCAGCAGCCUCCAGUGCAACUGCAGCAACGACCCAAGCAGCAGCAGCAGCAGCAGAAGCAGCAAGAGAAGCAACAGCAGCACGAGCUGAAGCAGCAGCAGCAGCAAAAGCCCCGACUGCCGCCGAUCCAGAGCCAAAUGGCGGUGGCCAGCAGCAGCAGCAACAACAGCAGCAGCAGCAGCAGCAAGCAGCAGCAACAAAAGCAACGGACGCAGCGCAGCAAAAGCGGCAGGGGACUCUUCCUGCAAACAGAGAGUAA